GUACUAUACGCGCCAGGAAACCGUGCAGGUGUCCAAUUUCUUUAGACAGAAAGUACAUACUACCCCUUUUUUUAAUGUUAUCGUAAUUUUGUUUUACCCUCUCGAAACUAGAAGAUAUGUCGUUAGUAUGACGCAAUUACUAGCUAUAAAUUAUGUAAAAUGGAGCCUACUAGCUCCACGCCAAGUCCAGAAACGAGUAUUGCAGAUUCUACUUACACAAGUGUUAAACAAGAACCGAGUUCUAAUCCAGCCAGCCCCCUGGAGGCAUCAAGUCCAACUUCAAUAGCUGUUAGGACCAGAGAACAACACUAUGCGGCCGCCGAUUCCAACAGCUCAUCGACGACAAAAUCCUUCGUGCCAUGCAAGGUUUGCGGCGACAAGGCAUCGGGAUACCAUUACGGAGUGACGUCCUGCGAAGGAUGCAAGGGAUUCUUCAGGCGAAGUAUCCAAAAACAAAUCGAAUACAGAUGUCUAAGAGAUGGCAAAUGUCUGGUAAUAAGGCUGAAUAGGAAUAGGUGUCAAUAUUGUCGGUUUAAGAAAUGCCUCGCCGUCGGAAUGUCAAGAGACUCUGUAAGAUAUGGACGAGUGCCGAAGAGGUCGAGAGAACGAAGUACGGACGAAUCUUCGAGAGUUUCAACCACAGACGCCGACCAAUCGGAUUCGGAGUCAAAGCAGCUUGCAGUUUACGAUGUGAUCCAAACGGUGUCGCAGGCCCACAACGCAAACUGCGGCUACACCGAAGAGCACACCCGGAAUCUAGUGAGGAAACCACUUGCUCAACCACCACCAACUAGUCCCGAAGAUAACGAGGUUGCCUCGUCGACGGCGGAGAGUUUGGAAUACCAGAGGUGCUGGCUAUGGCAGCAGUUCGCCACUAACAUUACGCCCAGCGUACAGAGGGUGGUAGAAUUUGCAAAGCGGGUGCCGGGUUUCUGUGAUCUGGGCCAGGACGAUCAGUUGAUACUCAUUAAAAUCGGUUUCUUCGAAAUUUGGCUCAGCCAUGUCGCCAGACUCACCACGAACACGUCGAUGAUGUUCGACGAUGGUACUACGGUCACGAGACAGCAAUUAGAAAUUAUGUACGAUAGUGACUUUAUAUCAUCGGUGAUACAGUUCGCGAACACCUUCAAUGCACUCUCACUAAAUGACAUGGAACUAGGAUUGUUUUCAUCCGUUGUCCUCUUGACCGGCGAUCGACCUGGAAUCACCGAUGUUAAAUCAAUUGAACAUCACCAGGAUAAACUGAUGGAAGCUCUCAAAGUACAGGUUGGCCGAAAUCACGCGAAUGAUCCUCAGCUCUUUUCAAACUUGCUAAUCAAACUGCCCGAGCUUAGAAACUUGGGAGCAAAGCAUACGGCGCAUUUAGAUUGGUUCCGGAUAAAUUGGGUGAAGCUGAGUCUGCCGCCACUUUUCGCCGAGAUAUUCGACAUUCCCAAGUGCGAGGACGACCUGCAAUGACCGAAGUAGUCCCACCAGUGAUAUGUUUUUAGUGACGCAAAUGUACACUUUAUGUUUUUUUAUCUUCAUAUACUUUGUUUAAUUAUUUUAUUAAUUAUGUAAAAAAAAACGACGGGCUUCGCGAUUUUAUUUUUCGACCAUCGUCCUCGCAAGAGAAAAAGAACUGUAUACCCUAUUGAAUUACUUAAAUUAUAGGACAACUUGCGCUCUAAAUGCCACAUCUUGCUCAAAUUGAAAUUUGUUUAUCAGUUGGAGAUCAUCUUCGAAUCAAUUAGAUUACAGGGUCUAGGUAAGCAUUGACCACUAUUUUAGUCAUUAAAAAGAUAAUUAUAUACAUGGUGUCAUCUAAUGGACAAACUUCCAUUUCGUUUCUUCGACGGUCUAUCUACCGUCCAAAAGAAAGUAACAAAAAAUAUAAUAAUAAUUUAUGAAUAGCAAUAUAUAUAAUACAGUGCAAAAAUAAACCACUCUGUUCAACUAUUUAAAUGAGUCACGUUAUAACAACUGACAUUAAAAUAAUUGAAAUUAAAACGAAUAAUAUAAAAUAUCUGGACGGAAAGACUGCGGUCAAUAUACAUGUACAAACAUGUACAUGUAUACAAUAAAUUAUUUUUAUUAUUAUAAAAUUUCUAUUUAAAUAUAUGAAAUCUAUCAAAAUAGUUGUUGAUUGUAUAGUUUCAUCAGAGCAAUAAAUUAUAUAGAAAAAAAACAAUUGAAGUUAUUCGUCUUGAUUUGACUGUUUUAAUAAUUAUAAGACCGGUUAAUCUAUUAUCUGUUAAUAGUUGUCAUAGGAACGAGUGAAUUUGCUUAAUGCAUUUGUAUAGUAAAUACAAAAUAGUACGGCGAUAUUAUCAACUGAUAAAUAAAAUGUAAACUUCUUCCGUUUUGCAUUUGACAAGAAUCAUAAUUGAUGUGUAAAUAAUUACGAAAAUUUCCUAUAAAUAAUUGAACGAGUAUACCACAAUUUAAAGUAUUCAUAUGGAUGAAGUAUAUAGAUGGACUUUAUCAGUUGAUAUUUG